AUCUAUAAAUAAACGUUACGAAUGAGUGUAAUAUGACCAUAUAUGAAGAAAGCGUAAUCAAAUAACGUGCGAGGGGUACCGAAUGGAGAAACAAGAAAAAAACAUCGUUGGAAUAAUCUCCCCUUUUGAUUGCACACGAGCUUUCAAACGGUUGAGAUCCGGUGCCCAAGACAGGAGAAAAGUGAACCGUAUUGCUGGGGACUCCAAUGCUCAUCGGAUUAAGGAUAUUCUUCCUGAUGAUAUAGCUGUCAAAUGCCUGCCAAUCUCUGAUGAGAAUAUGUAAUGACAAUGGUAUAGAACAGUAAUUACAGUUUCAGACAUUCGCCAACUCUGUUUUCAAAGGUGCCAAAUUUUCUUGUGAUCGUUUUCGCCAUGCAUUGUUGAGAGACUUGCGGAAGAUGGAUGUUCAACAGCUGUAUCUUCAUCUAGGCUCAAAUGACAUUCUUACGAAUGAAGCGGUGUUUUACCGAGAUGUAGCUGACUUGUGCGAUUUGGUGCAUCAGGAGGCGCACAAUCGGUGUCCAGAAUGCAGGGUUGUUUGCUCCAACGAAGACGCUUUGCUGAGCCACUUCUGCAGUCGCGAAAUCAAGCAACCAGAGACUGGAAAAGAGAGUAAAAUUAAGCUGAUAGGCUCACCAAUGAUUGCAUCUGCUAAUCAUGAACUCAACGAAGUCGGCUCAAGGAAGUGGAAGGCAUGCUUGGAAAAUAGAAGUUUCCAUUAUGAAGGAACAUACAAACAUUUCCCACCCACCAUGUGGAUCAAGAUGUUUGGGCUGAUGAUUCUGGGUCGUAUGUGUGGACAAGGUGGUCUUCAUUACAUCAUGAUGCAGCUGUGUAUUCAACAACACGUUAACCUGUCCCAGCGGAUGUUGAUGCUCUUAAAUGAUGUUGAGAACAAUCCAGGACCGGAGUAUUCGUGCAAAUGGAUAUCCUGCAAGGAAGACUUCCACUCCAUAGGACAGCAAGAUGCACAUAUCAUCUCUCAUGUGGUUCAAGAGAAAUGCUGUAGAUGGGGAGACUGUACCAAAGUCCUGAGCUUUAAUAGUCUUGAAAUCCAUGAACUUAAACAUCUCUAUGAUGUGAGUUUAGCACUGUGUAUGAACUGAUGUUGCUUCAUUUUCUGCAUAUCUUUAUCUCAGUCUUCUCUAGUUUUGAUGGUCAAAUACAUAUUGUCUGCCAGUUUUUUUCCCCCAAUACUGCCGUUCAUCGUUUGCUUGCAUCAAGAGUUUUAAAAGAAAUUAAAACUCAUUUGUUUAGUUAGAAUCUUAUGAAAGACUUAAAUGGCCAUGUUUAAUACAAUUGUAUAACAACAUAUACGAGCUAAAAAAAUAGUUGGAAUAAUUAAUGUAUAUAUGAACAUAACAAAUUUACUUAAAAUCA